AUGAAUCCCGUCAGAGAUUCGAUUACUGGUGGGAAGUCUAGCAAUCCUUCCUUAGGACCCGAAGAUGAGGCUCUUCAUUUUCAUCGAGACUACGAUCCACAUGCUACAAUUUUACUUGUGGGAUUCUUCGGUGCUGGCAAAAAAACACUGGGGAUCAUAGCGUCAGUCGCCUUGAGACGACGCUUUAUCGACUUUGACUUUUAUUUUCAACAAGAAGCCCAGUCCUCACCUCAAGAAUUCAUUGCUCGCCACGGGCUGGCCCAGUACCGAGAGAUCGAGCUCAAGAUAUCGCGAGAACUUCUCACCAAAUAUGAUAAGAAUUGUGUCAUCGUCGGUCUUGGGGGUUUUGCCAGUCGCUUACAGCAGACUUUGCUGGUCGAGUUUGCUCAACAACACCCUGUUGUAUAUAUAAGACGAGAUGAACAAGACCUUCGGCAAUUUGUCACCACGAGCCCGGAAAAGUUCGAUCGAAUAUGCAAAAUGGGUAACGAGUUCUUUGAAUCGUGCUCCAACUUCAACUUCUUUAAUCUCACCCAGGGACAGCCGGAUCAGGCACUGCCCGCCUACCUCAAAUUAAAGGAAACCGAGCGUUUGUUCGUGGCAUUCCUACGCCGCAUCUUUGGAAGCCUCCUCCCUCCAACCUUCUCGGCAGACCCAUUUUCUGGGGAAAAUACAUUUUCCCUGCAGGUCUCUCCGGCAUGGCUUGAUGAGACACGCCAAGACUUUGAAUCGCUAGAAUGUGGUGCCGAUGCUAUCGCCCUAGUGAUUACUCCCCAUGACCUGCAUUCUACUAGACUAGCAGCAAGACUCUCACGACAUAUGGCAAUUUUACGAAAACACUCUCGGGUUACAAUUAUUAUCGACAUGGCUGCCGUUUCUUUCAAUUCGCUUGAUAACCGGGCAUAUGAGAGCAUGCUGGAAUUGAUUAUUCGCCUUGCUCCGGACGCCCUUAUUAUAUCAUUCGACUGCAAUGACGAAACCAUCAAGAAGCUCAACUCUUCCAAAGGGGCUACCAAGAUCAUCGUUGACUUCCACGAAAAAGCAUCAGUGGGAUCAUCAAAACACUCUUUAACACCCCGGCUUCUCCAUGAAAGAACACGAACGUUGCAACUAAGUGCCAUACGCGUCACCGGCGAAUCCGAAUCCCCACAGGAUAACCUCCAAUGUGUUCCAUUUCUUAAGGAGGCAGCCGCAAUUAUCGAUAUUCCCGUGGUUGCAUACAACACAGGACCAUUUGGCCGAGCCUCGAUCUGCUUGAAUCCUACUUUGUCACCAACAGUACUGCCCUCUUCGCAGUUUAAUGGGAUUACUGUGCAGCAAGCACAGCAGGCAAUGUCAUCAUUCUUUCUUCUUCCCAGGAAGAAGUUCACCAUCUUCGGCCAGAGUGUCAAGUACAGUCUUUCUCCAGAAAUGCACCAUGCAGCGUAUGAUUACUGCGGACUCCCGCAUACAUACGACAUCAUGCAGGCUGAUAAUAUAAGCGCCGUCCAUAAACUUCUGGAUGAUGUAGAUCGUGGCGGCGUUACUGUCUCUCUUCCCUUCAAAUCUGCAAUCCUACCUUUCAUUGACGAGAUCACCCCCGACGCGAAGGACAUGCAGGCAGUCAAUACAGUUGUCUUGGAGCAGAAAUACAAGCUGAAUGGAUUACGGACCACCAUCCGGAAGGGCUAUAACACUGAUCAUAUCGGAAUCAGAGAUUGCAUCGACAAACAUCUUUCUCCGGCAAAUGCAGUGCGGGAUGGAACCACGGCCCUGGUUGUGGGCGCCGGAGGAAUGGCUCGUGCAGCGAUCUACGCUUGUCAUGAGCUCGGCGUUCGACGGAUUUGCAUUUAUAAUCGCACAUCCGAAAAUGCGCAGAGGCUUGCAGACUAUUGGAACCACUGGGCCCAAUCCAAGCCUGGGGUCAAUUUGCAAGUUGAUGUUCUUCAGUCAAAAGAUCCUUGGCCUGCAGAUCUCCGUCUGCCAACUAUUGUUGUACCAUGCAUUCCGCCAUUCCAAAUCGGCAGUGAAAAUCCAGUGGUGUUUCAAAUUCCGGAUCAUUGGCUUGAGAGUCGGACUGGUGGUGUCUUCGUCGAGGUUGCUUACGGGCCUUUCAAAACACAACUGAUGGAGCAGAUGCUCUGUCGUGCAUCAAAAGGCUGGGUUGUCGUGAGUGGGCUGUUAGUCUUGAUCGAACAAGGUAUCGCCCAGUAUGAGAUAUUUACAAAGCGACCUGCUCCUGUUCAUGUAAUGCGGCGUGUUAUUAAGGAACAAUCCAUAAAGUAUGGAUUUGUUCAUCAAUAA